GGCUCGAGCGCUUGGCAGGGCGCAGCAGCUCCGUGUGCGCGGCAUCCUGAAGCAGUUCUUGGGAAGCGGCCAACCCUGCAAGGGUCUUCUGAUCUCCUUCAGCUCUUCUGUGGGACUCCCGAGAAGUCAGCGGGACUCAAUGUGGUUCUUGGAGAAAGUGGGGGCGUCCCCUGGAGAAGGCAGCCCCCUGGGCCCGUCCUUCCUGGGCUCGCCCCCCAGCCACCCCGUCCCUAACGCAGCCAAGCCGGGGGGCUCUGCUGCAGCUUUUGCCAACAUACUGACCCCGGACCGGAUCCCGGAGUUCUGCAUCCCUCCCCGGCUGGCCAAUCCUCCUCCGGCGAAGAGUCCCAGCGCAACUUUCCAGCCCCACCGCUGCCUCACGGAGCCCGGCUUGCAGCAGGCGGCCACCUCUGCCGGCGUGGGGGCCGAGCGCACCCCCUGCCCGUUCCUGCUGCCCCACCUCAUCCAGGUGGAGAGCGUGGAGGAGAUCCCCGACCUGGAGGAGGAGGAGGAAGGCGGCACGAACUCGGACCCCCAGUCUCAGGCUGCGCUGUCCCUGCCCCACUUCCCCAAAGCGCAGACCUCCUACGGCUUCUGCACGCUGCUGGAGAGCCCGCACACCCGCCGGAAGGAGUCCAUCUUCCACAGCGGCGACUCCUGGCUCAGCCUGGCGCGGCCCCGAGCCAGCAGCUACGCGGGCCGGGAGCUCUCCUCCGGCCGCCCCCUGGCCUGCCCGGCCCCGCUGCUCCGCCGGCCCUGCGACAGCGACACGGCUUCCUCCAGCGAGUCCUCGCCCUUCGGCUCCCCGCUCCUGGGCCGCUCGCCUCCGCCGCGCGGGCCCGGCUUGCUCUCCAAAGCGCGGAGCCAGGAGGGACUGCUGGGCAGGGCCUGGCGGUCCCGGGGCAAGCUGUCCAGCGCCGGGAGGGCCAACUCCCUGUCCACGGAGGACAGCAGCUCCACCGACAGCAGCCCCAGCGCCGUGCGCCGCUCCUCCGACAGCCUCUUCCAGCCGCUGAGCUGCCGCGCCUGCAGCCUGUCGCCGCUGCCCAUCUUCCCGCUGGAGGCGCCCUGCGGGGGCCGGGAGAGGCUGGGCCGGGAGAGCACGGUGGGCCUGGGCCGGGGCGGGCUGCUGCGGCUCUCCUGCGAGUACUGCCCCGAGAACCGGCGCCUGCGGGUCCGCCUGAUCAGCGCGGAAGGACUGUACGAGCCCGCGGCCGAGCCCAAGAGCAUCAACUGCUGCAUCACCUUCUCGCUGGUGCCGGGCAAGAUCCAGAAGCAGCGCAGCACGGUCAUCAAGAGGAGCCGCGACCCCAUCUUCAACGAGGACUUCUUCUUCGUGGGCAUCGCCGAAGGCGACCUGGGCAGCCUCGCCGUGAGGAUGAAGGCUGUCAAUAAGGGGAGCAGCUUGAAAAGGGACCUUCUCUUGGGGGAGAGCGAGGUUCCCUUGAUGAAGCUUUUAGCAGGUUAAAAAAGAGAGAAACAACUCUCUUGCAACCUGAGAUACUUUAUUUAUUUUUUUCAUAC